GAAGGACAUCAUUGUCAUAGUUGGUAUAGCUAAGAUGGAUGCCAAAGUGAUUGCUCAUGAAGAGUAUCCGGUCAACACCAUCAUCAUCCAUGAGGAUUUUGAUAAUGAGACCAUGAACAAUAACAUAGCCCUCCUGAAGACAGACACGGCGAUGCAGUUCAGCAACCUGGUCCGACCCAUCUGCUUCCUUGGCAGAAAGCUGCAUAUGCCACCAGCCUUGCAGAACUGCUGGGUGGCAGGAUGGAAUCCCACAUCUGCAACAGGAAAUCACAUGACAAUGAGUAUCCUGAGGAAAAUCUCCGUGAAAGACAUCAACAUGUGUCCCUUACACAAACUCAAGAAAACAGGAUGUGGCAAUCACAUAGAGCAGGAAACCGAUGCUGUCUGUUUGGGGGACCCUGGAAACCCCAUGAUGUGCCAGCUACAGCAACAGAAUCUGUGGGUGCUGAGAGGAGUCUUGUCCCACGGGGGUGAGAAAUGCCCUGGCUUUUUACUGUACCUCAAGGUGGAAGACUAUGGCGACUGGAUUAUGUCCAAGACUAAGAAAACCAGCCAUCCGCUGUCUGCCUUCCACCACUGGGAGAAUUUGCUGCCUUCACUCAGCUACAAAGAACAUUUCACCAUUACACAGAGAAAACAUUCCGGGCUGGGCCAAGGUGGAUGGUCCCCAGCACACGUGCAAGGAGAAAAAAAGGCCGACGUAUAUUCAUUGCCAGCAAACAGCUCUAGAAAGAGCCCAGACAUUGGGAGGAAAGGGUUAAGGGAAUUAGGCAGGACUUCUGUUGUGGACAUACAACCCAUGUACUAUGAUUAUUAUGGUGGGGACUCUGGGGAGGGUAGAGGGCCUAUUUCAGGUCAGAACAGGUUACAUCAGCCCCAAGAAAUUACCUUGUUUUUCUUUGUGCUUGUUUUCUUUUGCAAUGGUAUCUAG